UUUAAAAGGAAUGGAAGGCCAAGCACUGGAGAACUUAACACUGUUCUCAAAUGCAAUAUUUCCCACAUUGUAAACUUCAAAGUUAGAUUUAUAGGCUGUGCUAUUUCAGUUAGGAGUCAGUAGCUGCCUGUACUAUAAUCUCACAAUAUUAGAAAUAAUAAUCAUCUUAAUAAUAAUAAUUGCUCUAGUCUGAGUCAAAAAUACUCUCUGCAAGACCACCAAAAACUUCUUAAAAGCAUCGAGACCUUGUUUUGGUUACUGAUAAAAUCACUAAAGAAAGUGGGGAAAGAAUUAAAGAGAGAGAGUAGAAAUGUAGAGGGGGGGUCAGAUCCUCCUUCAGAUUUCUCUUUCCACAAGACCCCCGAGAGAAAACAAGAGGAAGUAAUAAAGCCUGCAGGCAACGCUGAUCUUACAAAACACUUCUGUGAUAAGUCUCCCCUUAAUAUAACAGCUCAGCUCAUUUAAACCUGUUAACAACUCCGCUUGUCCAGUGAGCUCCAUUUUUGGUGUCCAUUUCAUGCUUGUUUUGUCUACACCUAUAACCCCCGAAUAGCAGAUGGCUCUCUCGGUAUCUGCUCGGUGGUGUGAUGAGAGUGCUCGUCCGAGAGCUGACGAGUGCCAGACAUAUGGACUUGAUCAACAGGCCCGUGCUGAUGUUUUCUUUGGGCAUGUUGACAGGCUGAGAGACAAACGUCUCUCUCUCACACACACAGACUCGCUUUCUCACAAAGGCAUUGGCCGACAUGCAGUCUAGAGCGUUUCAAUGACACACAAUUUUACUCGAGGACUCCAGAGGAAAAGUAAGAGUGGGGGUCGAGAACACAUGGGGAAAACGAAGAGAGCAUGAUGAGAAGAAAAGGGAAAAGAGAGAGACACUCACGCCUCUGACUACCCCCUUUUUCCUCCGCCGCUGCUCUCGCUCGCUCUUCCUUCUCAUUCCCUCUCUUAGUCUCGCACCAGCACGCACAACCUCUCUGUCUCUCGCUCUCAUGAACUUUUCGUCACUCAGUCUCAGUCUUGGCUUUAAAUGAUUUUGAGAGCAAGGGGAGACGCAUUUGGAGAGCGGUUGAGAUGCAGGAGCUUCCCAGAUGAGCCAGCGGAAAGAUAAAAUCCUCACCACGUCUGGAAAAGUAACGGAGAAGAGAAACAGGAGGACUUCUGCAUCAAACUUCUACUGAUAUUGCAUCAAACUUAUUGGACUUAUUUGUCAGUGGUGUAAUAAUGGUGCUACUAAAACUGACUUUUACAUUCUGGCUCCUGUUCUGGUCUGGUUGUACCAGCCGGUCAGCCCGGGCUCAGCAGCUAUCCCUCCAGGCACUGCGUCAAACAGCCCAACCCCGGGGAAACCUGUCUGAGAGCGCAGAGAGCAAAGUGGCACGCCUGGGCCAGGUCUUCAGACGUAACGUGCGUCUUCUUCGGGAGCGGGGUGGUCGUCUGGACCUGGUCUUUCUGGUGGACGAGUCUUCGAGCGUAGGAGCUUCUAACUUUGGGAGCGAGCUGCGCUUCGUACGGAAGAUGCUGUCAGAUUUUCCGGUGGCUCCAGAGGCAACACGUGUGGCACUCGUGACAUUUAGUUCCAGGAACCAUGUGGUCACGAGAGUGGACUACGUGUCCGCACCCAAAGCCCACCAGCACAAGUGCUCUCUUUUCAACAAAGAGAUCCCCGCCAUCACCUACAGAGGAGGUGGCACCUACACCAGGGGGGCCUUUCAGCGUGCAGCGCAAAUCUUGCGGUACUCACGGGAGAACGCAACAAAGGUGAUCUUCCUCAUCACGGACGGCUACUCGAAUGGCGGAGACCCGCGGCCGGUGGCGGCUGCGCUGCGCGAGAGAGGAGUGGAGAUCUUCACGCUGGGCAUCUGGCAGGGGAACAUCCGCGAGCUGCACGACAUGGCAUCACACCCCAAAGACCAGCACUGUUACUUUGUGCACAACUUUGCUGAGUUUGAAGCGCUGGCUCGACGUGCCCUCCAUGAAGAUCUGCCUACUGGAAGUUAUAUUCAGGAGGAUCAGUCCCAGUGUUCAUUACUGUGUGAAGAGGGAAAGGACUGUUGUGACAUAAUGGCCAGCUGUAAAUGUGGUACACACACGGGGCAGUAUGACUGUGUUUGUGAGAAAGGAUACUAUGGAAAAGGCCUUCGACAUGAGUGCACAGCUUGUCCAUCUGGUACAUUUAAACCCGAAGCAGUUUCUGGAGGAAUGGGUACCUGCCUGCCAUGCCCAGACCUUCAUCACACAUCCAGACCUGGAAGUACAGACGUAUCAGACUGUGUGUGCACACAGGGCUACAGACCACACAACAACACAUGCCAAGUGGUGGUUUGUCCUGUUCUCACUCCCCCAGAGAAUGGUUUCUUCAUCCAGAAUGUGUGUAAUAAUCAGUUUAAUUCUGCUUGUGGGGUUCGCUGUCUGCCAGGCUUUGACCUGCACGGAGAUAAAAUCAGACUUUGUCAGCCAGACGGGACCUGGUCAGGAAUUGAGCCAAGCUGCAGAGUUCGCUCUUGUCCAGCUCUCUCUCCUCCACAUCAUGGGGAGAUGAACUGCAGUGAACCGGGCGCCCCCUACAGGCCGGAGUGUUCAGUGCGCUGUGAGCAGGGAUACAGACUGCAGGGAAGAGCCAAACUUACCUGCCUGGCCAGCUCCAACUGGAGUGGACCACAACCCAGAUGUGUCGAGGUGCGCUGUCCUCCGCUUGUUACUCUGAAGCACAUCCAUCUGUCGCCUCCUGGCUGCGGGGAAGAUGAGGUCAGGACCGGUGUGUCAUGUCAGUUAAACUGCCCCAAUGGUUACCGCCUCCUCGGAGACCCCGAAGUCAGAUGCCUACCCUCGGGAAACUGGAGUGAAAAUUCACAUAAAGCAACUUGCGCAGAUAUGGAGCCCCCAUGGAUUCAGUGCCCUGUUGAUAUCAUCACAGAGACAGAUAAACAUCAGAGGUCAGCUAACAUCAGUCUGAGUGCACCCAUGCUGGGGGACAACUCUGGAGAUGAGGUUGUUGUGCAGGUGACGCCUGUCCUGAACCCUAUGCAGCCUUUCCCAAUAGGGACUGAGUUCAUCACAUACACAGCGACUGAUCGCACUGGGAACAAGGCAAACUGCUCCUUCACUGUUACUGUAGUUGAUACGGAACCCCCUUUGAUUGACAGGUGUCGGUCUCCGCCUACCGUUAAGGCCACAGGGAGAAAGACUGCCGUGUACUGGGACGAGCCUCAGUUUUCAGACAACUCGGGAGCUUAUCUGAAUAUCUCAAGUACUCACUCGUCUGGUGAUGCUUUUCCUGUUGGAGAAACUUCAGUGUACUACACAGCCACAGACCCUUCUGGCAACAAUCGUACAUGCGAGCUCAUCAUUACUGUACAAGGUUCAACCUGUGCGAAGCCGUUUGUCCCAGUGAAUGCAGAUUUCUCUUGUGUCAAGACGAAGGAGGGUGUGAACUGCAGUCUGACCUGCAGACAGGGUUACAGUCUUGCCCAGCAUGCUGUGCAGAGCUACUUUUGUGCCAAUAAUGGAAUUUGGGAGCCGCCCCGCUCGCCAGACAGACCUGAUUGCUCCUUGAACAGGAUUGCAAACAAUGGCUUUAAGCCCUUUGAGAUGUUGUUUAAAGCAUCCCGCUGUGAUGAUCUUAACCUGCUAAAGUCCUUCACCGGGGAGUUCACCACUGUUCUUAAAGAAACGGUUCCUAACAUCUGUGGCGGAGAUGAUGUCACCUGUAAAUUGGAAAUGAUGUCACCUGGACAGUGUCUGGAGUACAAUUAUGAUUAUCCAAAUGGAUUUGCUAUUGGUGUUGGCGGGUGGAAUGGUCAGGACUAUGCCUAUUUUGACACUGGUUUUGCUCCAGAGCCCCACUUACAACAAGAUGGUUCAUCACAGCAUAGCUACCCCAUGAGGAGCAAACGUCAUCGCAAAAACAUCGAUGCAACAAAAGAGCAGAAGAUACAAAUCUAUUUCAACAUCACAGCAAGCAUCCCACUGCCCCUGUCGAGGAACGACUCGGCUGAGACAGUCAAUCAGAAACGCUUGCUAAGGGCCCUGGAGCAAAUGACCAAUCGGCUUAAGCGGACGCUGAGCAAGCAGCCGUUCUCAACCUUUCAUGUGUCGUCGGAGAUGAUUGUAGCUGAGCCCAGAUCUCUGGAAAGCAAAAAGGCAACACUGUACUGCCGACCAGGGUCUGUUCUGAAAGGCAGGGUGUGUGUUCAGUGCCCAGUAGGCACAUAUUUCUCACUGGAGUAUGCAGAGUGUGAGAGUUGCUGGAGAGGUUCAUAUCAGGAUGAGGAAGGGCAGAUGGAAUGUAAAUCAUGCCCGGAUGGGUUCUCCACCCCAUACCUCCAUUCACGAAGCCUGGAGGAAUGCAAAGCGCAGUGCCAGCCUGGCAGCUCAUCAUUAAGUGGACUGGAGACCUGUGAGUCCUGUCAGUUGGGGGAGUACCAGCCAGGUUUUGGGUCUCGGGCCUGUCUGUCCUGCCCACCUACAACCACUACUGUCAACAGAGGGGCUGUGGACGUCAAUGAGUGCGGUGUACCAUGUUCUGCGGGUCACUUCUCUCGUACGGGUUUGGCUUCGUGUUAUCCAUGCCCCAGAGAUUACUAUCAGCCUGAGGAGGGUCGAUCCUAUUGCCUCUCCUGCCCAUUUUACGGCACCACGACGAUAACUGGAGCCAAGGCUAUCCAACAGUGCUCCACCUUUGGCUCUAGUUUCUUGCCUAAAGAGGAAAGUGCAACACCGGCGCCAGAAGAGUUUGAGAAAAUUGAAUAUCAAGCUAGUAGCCAGAAGUUCCAUGAAUGCCUCCUGAAUCCAUGUCAAAAUCAAGGCACUUGUGAGGAAGUUGGGGUUGGAUAUGUAUGCACCUGUCAUCCAGGAUUCACAGGAGCCAAAUGUGAAAGUGACAUUGAUGAAUGUGAUUCCACUCCCUGUCAAAAUGGUGGCUUGUGCAGAGAUGGCAUGGGAGAUUUCCAGUGUCAGUGUCAGCCUGGGUUUUUAGGUUUGAUGUGUGAGGUUGAAGUUAAUGAGUGCAGCUCAUCUCCGUGUCUGAAUGAAGGCGUUUGUGUGGAUAAAGUCAAUCACUUUACAUGUAGCUGUGCAGAGGGAUUCACAGGUCCACGUUGCGAGUUGGAAAUAAAUGAGUGUGCGUCCAACCCAUGUCAGAACGAUGGUAUCUGUACAGAUCUGGAGGGUGGGUACAUCUGCUCCUGCGCUCAAGGCUUUACAGGUGAUAGUUGUGAGGUCGAUGAGGAUGAGUGCUACAGCGCCCCCUGUCUGAACGGAGGAACAUGUGUGGAUGCCGUCAAUAAUUUCAGGUGUGAGUGUGUGAAUGGAUACAGAGGCAGACUGUGCCAAUUGGACAUAGACGACUGCGAACCCAAUUUGUGUUUGAAUGGUGCGACCUGCGUGGACGGGGUGGCCACUUUUACCUGCAGAUGCCCUCCUGGGUUCAACGGAACCAGGUGUGAGACAGAGAUGCCCUCCUCUUUUGAUCUGGAGUUUGAAGUGUCUGGUAUCCAUGGUUACGUGAUGAUGGACGGUCAGAUGCCAUCACUUACACAGAUCACGUGUACGUUUUGGAUGAGGUCAUCAGACACUAUUAACUAUGGAACUCCAAUCUCUUAUGCCGUUGAAGGAAGUGACAACGCCUUUCUUCUCAUAGACUAUAAUGGAUGGGUGUUAUAUGUAAAUGGAAAAGAACGGAUCACUGAUUGCCCCGCAGUAAAUGAUGGCCUCUGGCACCAUAUUGGUGUAUCAUGGCGCAGCAUGGAUGGAGACUGGAGAGUUUAUAUUGACGGAAGCCCCUCAGAUGGAGGAAAAGGACUAUCCACUGGCUCUACUAUACCAGGAGGGGGAGCUCUGGUACUGGGACAGGAUCAGGACCAGAGGGGCGAUGGAUUUAACCCAGUGGAGUCUUUUGUGGGCACUCUUAGCCAGCUCAAUAUUUGGAACGAUGUUUUAACACCACAACAGAUCAGGUCUCUCGCCAGCAGCUGUCCACAUGAUUUGCAGAAAGGGAACAUUUUUGCCUGGCCUGACUUCUUGGGAGGUGUCACAGGCAGGGUAAAGACCAGCAGUAAAAGCAUUUUCUGUGCCGACUGCCCCCUACUGGAGACAUUUGUACCGAAAUUGCGCUCAUCCAGUGCUGCUGUGAGUCCAGGCUCAAAGGUGCAGUUCUCUUGCAGUCCCGGUUACUAUCUGGUUGGGGAGCCUGUACAGCAAUGUUUAAACAGAGGCCAGUGGAGCCACGCAGAGCCAUCAUGUGAACGUGUGGAGUGUGGUCCUCCACCUUACCUGGAGCACGGGCAGUAUUAUGGAGAGGAUUUCUAUGCUGGAGGUUCGGUGCUUUAUCAAUGUAAACCAGGUUUCUAUCUGCUCGGGGAGAGUAGGAUGUUGUGUGCCAGCAAUGGCAAAUGGACUGGCAACCCACCUGCAUGUUUGGAUGUGGAUGAAUGUGCUCUUGGGUCUGAAUGUGAUGAACAUGCUAGCUGUCAGAACACAGAUGGAUCUCAUAUAUGCACCUGCAUUCCCCCUUACAGUGGAGACGGAAGGAACUGCACAGAGCCAUUAAAAUGUGAAGAUCCAGGUGUUCCUGAGUUUGGGCACCGUGAAGGUGUUAACUUCAUCAUGGGCAGUGAGGUGGUCUUUUCCUGUAUAGAUGGCUAUGAGCUGAUUGGCUCGUCCCAUCUUUCCUGCUCUGAGGAAGGAAUUUGGGAGGGAGCUGUCCCAUACUGCCAAGCUCUUUCCUGUGCUCAUCCAAAUCUCCCGAAGUAUGGAAUUCUGCAUGGGACAAACUUCACAUACGGAAGCAAGGUGACUUUCAGUUGUGAGAAGGGUUAUGUCCCCCAGGAGCCGACAGAAAGCCAAUGUCAGGCGAAUUUGAAAUGGAGCAUAGAGGCCCCUAUAUGUCAGCCUGUAACCUGUGGUGAGCCCCCAGUGGUGGAUUAUGCCGAGUAUACCCUCAACGGAAAUGUCUACCUAACCACUCUAACCUACACUUGCAUCGAGGGAUACAGAUUGCAGGGUUCUGUGGAGUUGCAGUGUGAGGCAUCAGGAGAGUGGACGUCUCCUCCCCCUAUCUGUGCCAGAGUGGACUGUGGUAACCCUCCUCCUUUGAGGGACGCUGUAAUAAAGGGAGACAACUUUACAAUGGGUAGCCGGGUCUACUAUAUUUGCAAAGAGGGUUACACCCUGCUUGGAGAAGAAACUCAGGAAUGCCUCGCAAGUGGCAACUGGACUCAUAAUUCUGCCCAGUGUGUACCUCGGUCUUGUGGACCACCACCACCAGUUGACCAUGCUCUACCUGAUACUGGACAUCAGCUAUUUGGUGACACGGCUAUCUACUUCUGCGAUGAUGGGUACACCGCUGGCAACAAUACAAAACUGUUCUGCAAUGCACAAGGUGUGUGGGCACCGCCAGAUGGCUUUGGUAUUCCUCACUGUAUUGCCAAUUUCUGCCAGCGUCCUCCUAAUUUACCACAUGCUAUUCUGGACUCAAUCAACAAGCCAAAGUAUGCAAGCAACACAGAGGUUAACUACAAGUGUGAGGAGGGUUUUGUUCUCAACACAACAGGAAUACUGAAGUGCUUGAUAGGAGGAGAGUGGACACCAUCACCUUCAGACAUUGGCUGUAUGCCUGUAAGAUGCUCAAAGCCAGAGAGUAUUGAGAGGGGCUAUGUAAGCGGAACCAAUUAUAGCUUCGGGGCUGUAAUUGCAUACAGUUGUGAUAAAGGCUAUUUCAUUCGAGGAGAGAAGAGGAGGAUUUGUAAAGCCAGCGGUGAGUGGGGUGGUGUCUUGCCCACAUGCCAGCCUAUUUCCUGCUCUAGCCCACCUCGCUUGGCAAAUGGUUUUAUCCAGGGCCAAAUAAGAAGGAUCAACUAUGUGUACAGCAGUAGGGUGACUUAUGCUUGCAAUGAUGGCUAUCGUCUUACCGGAAAGCCUGAACGUAUUUGCAUGGCAAACAAGCAGUGGUCAAACAGCAACCCUCCUGUUUGUGUCCUCCUCACCUGUCCAACCCCGCCUGAUAUCGGAAAUGGUCGCUAUAUUGGCUCUACCUUUGAAGUGGGCAGUAAGGUGGAAUUUGUCUGCAGUGAGGGAUAUGAACUUAUUGGAGAUUCUACAUGGACUUGUUUAAAGUUUGGAAAGUGGGACAAGAGCAUAAUCCCACGUUGUUCCCCAGUUAAGUGUCCUGAACCACCUUUGGAGGAGAACCAUCUUGUAUUGCGUGGACUAGAUUCUGACUCAGGCACUGUGGAGCUUUCUUGUGAGGAAGGGUAUAUUCUUCAUGGUGCACGAACCCUUCGUUGUACCCCUUCUCAGGAGUGGAAUGACUCUUUCCCUAUCUGCAAAGAAGUGUUCUGUGGACCUCCCCCUGAGGUUUCCUUUGGUGACCCAUCUAAUACAUUGUCCAACUUUGGCAGUGUGGUGACUUACUCCUGCAUGAAUGGAUUUACUUUAUGGAAGGAAGCUUCUGUUCGCUGCCAGGCAGAUGGAAAUUGGAGCACACCUUAUCCUCAAUGCAUUCCUGUUGAAUGCCCACACCCUGAGGAGAUACCAAAUGGCAUUGUGGAUGUUCAAGGUCUUAUGUAUCUUAGUACUGCCAUUUAUAGCUGUAAGGCAGGAUAUGACUUAGUAGGCAACAGCACUGUACUUUGUGGUCAAAGUGGAUUUUGGAUAGGAGGUUUACCUGUAUGUCACCCUGUUAAGUGUGCUGCACCAAUAGAGAUUCCCAAUGGCUCUGUUAGGUACUCAAGGCUCCAGUUUAGCCAGUCGGUUAUAUAUUCCUGCCAAAGAGGAUAUCGUUUACAAGGCCCAGAAACACUUACCUGUCUGGAGAAUGGACAGUGGGACCAGAAUCCUCCUUCCUGUGUGCAGAUAUACUGUUCUCCCCCCAAACCUAUCGACAAUGGGUUUGUUGAAGGACAGGACAGUAAGUUUGGGGUCACCAUCUUUUAUAGCUGCUUUCCAGGUUUCCUGAUAGUUGGUAAUACUCACCUCACUUGUGAAGAACAUGGCUGGUCAAGUUCUGAGCCCCUAUGUGCUCCUGCUGACUGUGGCCUACCUCCACAUAUUGAUUUUGGUGACUACCUAAAGGUGCAACAUCUACCAAUAGAAGACGGCACACUUACAGGCCAACAAUUACCAGCAGACAAUAGCUUUUUACAUGGAUCCAUGGCUCAAUAUCAUUGCCAUUCCGGUUAUGAAGUAAGUGGUGACAUUGUUUUGAUGUGCCAAGAGGAUGGCACUUGGAAUGGAACAGCCCCUAUAUGUGCUCCUGCACAAUGUGAAACACCACCAAGCCCUGAACAUGGAUCAGUCUUGGUAACACAUAGUGACCUUGGCAGCCUUGUAGAGUAUAGCUGUGAGGAGGGAUACGAACUCAAUGGACAGACUGUCCGACAAUGCCUUUCUGGGCAACAGUGGAGUGAUGAAGCUCCUCGUUGUAUGCCGAUCUCAUGUGGUGAUCCUGGAGGCAUAUCAAAUGGUGAAGUGAUUGGAAAUUCUUUUCACUUCAAGGCAAUUAUUCGCUAUGAGUGCCAUGAUGGUUUUUCCCUACAGGGUGUUGAAACUAGGACUUGCCAAGUUGACGGGAAAUGGGACAACAAAGCUCCAUGGUGUAAAGCAGUUUCCUGUGGGCGGCCUGUUGUGUCAAAGGAUGUUCUAGUGAGAGGAGAUGACUACACAUUUGGUAAGAGGUUAUUGUUCAGCUGCAACCUCGGUUUCAUCCUGCAGGGAGCACCAACAAGUGUUUGUUUGGCCAAUGGCAGUUGGAGUGAAACUCCUCCGAAGUGCCUUCAAGCCGACUGUGGUCAACCACCAGUAAUUGAAAAUGGCAGAGUAACUGGCACGGAUUAUGGUUACAACAGUAUGAUUAGGUAUCAGUGUGAUACUGGUUACAUCUUGACAGGAAAUCCUUCUCUAAUAUGCAGAGGCGAUGGACUAUGGGAUGAUCCUCCUCCACGGUGUGACAUAAUCACAUGUGACCCACCUGAGGACAUUAGCCAUGGUUACCUGAAUGGAUCAAGUUUUAAUUUCGAUGAUGUUGUGGAAUAUAUCUGCUUCCCAGGCUAUGAGGUUGUUGGCAGUCCAGUUUUACGGUGUUCUGCAGAUGGAAUGUGGCUAGGGGAAGUUCCAGAAUGCCGGUCAUGUGUGUGCAGUCCCCCAGUGCUGAGGAAUGGUGCUGUUCUUGGUCGAGACCACACCUGUGGAGCAAGCGUCUGGUUCCGAUGUGAUGAAGGUUACAAAACUGUAGGCCCUACAGAGGCCAUAUGCGACAAGGGUGGCUUAUGGAGUCCAGGAGUACCUAUCUGUACCCGUGGGAGAUGUUCCAGCCCUCCCCCAGCUGUUCCUAAUGCUGUCAUUCAAGGUAGUACUGCCCAGCCCAUUGACACAGUCACUUACCGCUGUAGGCCGGGCUAUAAUUUGAAAGGUUCUCCCAAUAUCUCCUGUGGAAGGUUGGGCAGCUGGGGAGAGCCCAAUCUGAACUGUGAACCUGUUUCAUGUGGCGUGCCUCCACUGAUCCCAAAUGCAGAGACUGCUGGAGUGGUGUUAACAUAUGGAAGCAAAGCUCAGUACAGGUGUAAAGAGGGCUUUGAGUUAGCAACAAAAACAGAUUUUGUUAUCUGUCAAAGUGAUGGCACCUGGUCCAAACACGGUGUCAGGUGUCGACCCUCACCCUGCAGCCUGCCUGCCAACCUCUCCCAUGUAGUUGUCAAAGGAAACCAGCUCACACCUGUAGGGGGCACAGUAACAAUCUCCUGCAAACCGGGGUACCAUCUCGAGGGACCUGCACUGUCUGAAUGUGCGGUCUCUGGCAAAUGGUCACCACCUUUCUCUUCGAAGUCUUGUGUGCCUGUAAUUUGCGAAAAGCCUCUUCCCAUUCUUAAUGGCUUGCUUGAGGGCAAGAGCUACGAUUAUGGAGAUAUUAUAAGUUACACUUGCCUGAAAGGAUUUGAACUGCAGGGCGAUUCUGUUCAAACCUGUACAGGUGAUGGGACAUGGAGUGGAAUUCAGCCAUUGUGUGUUGCUGUGUCGUGUGGUCCUCCCCCAGUGGUGGACAAUGCAGUUUCUAUGUCCAGUGGUGAGACAUACCAGAGCACUGUCAGCUAUAUGUGUCUCCCAGGGCGGGUUUUGGUGGGAUCACAAAACAUUACUUGUCAGGCCAAUGGAACUUGGAGUUUACCAACACCAGCAUGUGAAGUCCCAGGGGGCUGUGGAAAGGUAACAGACUUUUCAAAUGGAAAGGUGCAGGAACACAAUCUGACCAGCGGGCGUGCACUUGAGUUUCACUGCGAGAAAGGCUACACACUACAGGGAGAGUCUCUGGUCAUGUGUAUGGGAAACGGCUCGUGGAGUUCACAUUUCCCUGUCUGUAUACCCAAAUCAUGUCCCCCUCCUCCUGGUUGGAUUGGGGUCAAUAGCAACACUACACGCAUGGCUUUCCCAGUCGGCCACUCGGUUCAAAUCAAUUGUCCUAAAGGUCAGCGGGUUAAAGGUAACCCAGGAAAAGUUACCACCACCUUAACUUGCAGAACCGAUCAGACCUGGACUCCCAUCAGUGCAGUGUGUGAGAGGGUGUCCUGCGGUCCACCUCUGUACGUGGCAAAUGGGGUGGUCCAUGGGGUGAUGUUCCAGUUUGGAGAUGUGGUGGUGUACUCAUGUUACCCAGGCUACACCAUGGAGGGUUCUAGCAGAAGUGUGUGCUUGGAGAAUGGCACGUGGACCCUAUCCCCUACCUGCAAAGCUUUAUGUUGGACCCAAUGUCAAAACGGAGGUGUGUGCUUGAGACCAAACAUGUGCCACUGUCAAGAAGGAUGGAUGGGUCGAUUUUGCGAGGAGCCGAUCUGCAUCCUCCCAUGUCUCAAUGGAGGACGCUGUGUAGCUCCAUACCAAUGUGAAUGCCCGGCAGGAUGGACAGGCAUACGCUGCCAUAUUGCUGUAUGUUCCAAGCCCUGUUUGAAUGACGGCAGGUGUGUCCGACCUAACAGGUGCCAUUGCCGUCAAGGCUGGGGAGGAUCUGACUGCUCGAGGAAAAGAAAAUCUGUAUACUUAAAUUUUUAACGUGCCACAGUACGUGAGCUUGAGUCUGACCACGAUGGAACGAGAAGGCUUCAUUUCAGAGAACUGUUUAACAUUUUCUUACUCCAUCUAAAGUGGUUUUGUAAAUUAAAGCUGUAUUUUUCAUGUAGAAAAUGAAACAGUAUUAAAUAUAUGCUGCUGCUAUAUACAUGAACUUGUACGAUGUGUAAAAAUGUUGAUGUGAUUCUCUAAUGUACGUGUAUAUAAACUAUUCUAUAUGUUUUUAUUAAAAACAGAAAAUACAAUUAUAUGGAAACUAACUGUAAUUCUCACAUUCAGUUAAUUAUGACAAAUUAUUAAUUAAACUUUGUUUGUUAAA